CAUGCCCCCCGUGCCCCCGCCCCUGACGCCGUGCCCGCAGAGCUGGCGGUGGGCCGCCCGCAGGAGUUCCGGGUGGAGGCGGAGGGCGCGGGGGGGCAGGGCCGCGUGGGGGUGUCGCUGACGGGCCCCUCGGGCCGGGCCCUGCCCUGCGCCCUGCGGCCCGGCCCCCCCGGCGGCCCCCACCGCGCCGCCUUCACCCCCCCCGAGGAGGGGCCCUACCGCCUGGAGGUCACCUACGACGGGCACCCGCUGCCGGGGGGGCCCUUCUGCCUGGAGGCCACGCUGCCCCCCGACCCCAGCAAGGUGUGUGCCUACGGGCCGGGCCUGCAGGGGGGUCGCGUGGGGUGCCGGCCCCCUUCACCAUCGACACCAAGGGGGGCGGGCACGGGGGGGCUGGGGCUGACGGUGGAGGGUCCCUGCGAGGCCAAGAUGGAGUGUCAGGACAACGGCGACGGCUCCUGCUCCGUCUCCUACCUGCCGGCCCAGCCGGGCGACUACGCCAUCAACAUCCUCUUCGCCGGCGCCCACAUCCCGGCUCCCCCUUCAAGGCCGUCGUCCUCCCCGUCUUCGACGCCACAAGGUGACGGCCAGCGGCCCGGCUUGGAAGGAGCCCGGGCCGGCGAAACGGCCGCCUUCACGGUGGACUGUAGCCAAGCGGGCGAGGCCGAGCUGACCAUCGAGAUCGGGGCGGGCGAGGGCGGCGACGGGGGCAAAGCGGAGGUGCUCAUCCGCAACAACCGGGACGGCACCUACGCCAUCACCUACACCCCGGCCCGCCCCGGCUCCUACACCAUCACCGUCAAGUACGGCGGCCACCCCGUCCCCAAGUUCCCCGUCCGCGUCACCGUCGACCCGGCCGUGGACACCGGCGCCGUCAAGGUCUACGGGAAGGGAGUGGAGCCCAGAGGGGUGCUGCGGGAGGUGGGCACCGACUUCACGGUGGACGCCCGGAGCCUCACCAAGACGGGGGGGCCCCACGUCAAGGCCCGGGUGGUCAAUCCCUCGGGGGCCACCACCGACACCUACGUCACCGACCACGGCGACGGCACCUACCGCGUGGACUACACCCCCUACGAGGACGGCGUGCACCGGGUGGAGGUGACCUACGACGACGUGGCGGUCCCCAAGAGCCCCUUCCGCGUGGGGGUGGCGGAGGGCUGUGACCCCACCCGCGUGCGGGCGCACGGGCCCGGCCUGGAGGGCGGCCUGGUGGGCAAGGCCAACCGCUUCACCGUGGAGACCAGGGGGGCUGGCACCGGGGGGCUGGGCCUGGCCAUCGAGGGGCCCUCGGAGGCCAAGAUGUCCUGCAAGGACAACAAGGACGGGAGCUGCUCGGUGGAGUACGUCCCCUUCACGCCCGGCGACUACGACGUCAACAUCACCUUCGGGGGCCACCCCAUCCCCGGGAGCCCCUUCCGGGUGCGGGUGCAGGAGGUGGUGGACCCCGGGAAGGUGAAAUGUUCGGGGCCGGGGCUGGGCCCCAGCGUGAGGGCGCGGGUGCCCCACAGCUUCACGGUGGACUGCAGCGCCGCGGGGCUGGCCCCACUGGAGGUCACGCUGCUGGGACCCUCGGGGCUGCCGGUGCCGCUGGAGGUGCGGGACAACGGGGACGGGACCCACAAGGUCACCUACACCCCGGCCACCGCGGGGCCCCACACGGCCGCCGUGCGCUUCGCCGGCCAGGAGGUGCCGCGCAGCCCCUUCAAGAUCCAGGUGGUGCCGGGCCACGACGCCAGCAAGGUGCGAGCCAGCGGCCCCGGGCUGAGCGCGGGCGCCGUCCCCGCCAGCCUCCCCGUGGAGUUCACCAUCGACGCCCGCGAGGCCGGCGAGGGGCUGCUCAGCGUCCAGAUCCUGGACCCCGAGGGGCGCCCCACGGAAGCCGCCAUCCGGGACCGUGGGGACGGGACCUACGGCGUGUCCUACGUGCCGGCGCUGCCCGGGCGCUACACCAGCACCGUGCGCUACGGCGGCGACGAGAUCCCCUGCUCGCCCUUCCGCUGCCUCGCCGUGCCCGCCGGCGACGCCAGCAAGUGCCUCGUCACAGUGUCCAUCGGGGGCCAUGGACUGGGUGCCUGUCUGGGCCCCACCAUCCAGAUCGGGGAGGAGACGGUGAUCACGGUGGACGCCAAGGCGGCCGGGCAGGGCAAGGUCACCUGCAAGGUGUCCACCCCCGACGGGGCCGAGCUGGACGUGGACGUGGUGGAGAACCACGACGGCACCUUCGACAUCUUCUACACCGCCCCCGAGCCCGGCAAAUACGUCAUCACCAUCCGCUUCGGGGGCGAGCACGUCCCCAACAGCCCCUUCCACGUCCUGGCCACGGAUGAGCCCCCGGCCACCGCUGAGAACCUCCGGCCCUUCAACCUGGUCAUCCCCUUCACCGUGCAGAAGGGCGAGAUCACAGGGGAGGUGCGGAUGCCCUCGGGGAAGACGGCGCGACCCAACAUCACCGACAACAAGGACGGGACGGUGACGGUGCGUUACGCCCCCACCGAGAAGGGGCUGCACGAGAUGGACAUCCGCUACGACGGCAACCACAUCCCCGGGAGUCCCCUCCAGUUCUACGUGGACGCCAUCAACCCCCGGCACGUCAGCGCCUACGGGCCGGGGCUGAGCCACGGCAUGGUCAACAAGCCGUGCACCUUCACCAUCGUCACCAAGGACGCCGGGGAGGGUGGGCUCUCCUUGGCGGUGGAGGGCCCUUCCAAGGCGGAGAUCACCUGCCAGGACAACAAGGACGGGACCUGCACCGUGUCCUACCUGCCCACCGCCCCCGGGGACUACAACAUCAUCGUCCGCUUCGAUGACAAGCACAUCCCGGGCAGCCCCUUCACCGCCAAGAUCACCGGGGACGACUCCAUGCGGACGUCCCAGCUCAACGUGGGCACCUCGACGGACGUCUCGCUGAAGAUCACGGAGACGGACCUGAGCCUGCUGACGGCCAGCAUCCGGGCGCCCUCGGGCAACGAGGAGCCCUGUCUGCUCAAGCGCUUGCCCAACCGCCACAUCGGCAUCUCCUUCACGCCCAAGGAGGUGGGCGAGCACGUGGUGAGCGUGAGGAAGAGCGGGCAGCACGUCACCAACAGCCCCUUCAAGAUCCUGGUGGGGCAGUCGGAGAUCGGGGACGCCAGCCGGGUGAAGGUGUGGGGCAAGGGGCUGGUGGAAGGUCACACCUUCGAGGUGGCCGAGUUCAUCGUGGACACCCGCAGCGCCGGCUACGGGGGGCUGGGCCUGUCCAUCGAGGGUCCCAGCAAGGUGGACAUCAACUGCGAGGACGUGGAGGACGGCACCUGCAAGGUCACCUACUGCCCCACCGAGCCCGGCAACUACAUCAUCAACAUCAAGUUCGCCGACAAACACGUCCCAGGGAGCCCCUUCACGGUGAAGGUGACGGGCGAGGGGCGCAUGAAGGAGAGCAUCACGCGCCCGCGCCAGGCCCCCUCCAUCGCCACCAUCGGCAGCACCUGCGACCUCAACCUCAAGAUCCCAGGGAACUGGUUCCAGAUGGUGUCGGCGCAGGAGCGGCUGACGCGCAGCUUCACGCGGAGCAGCCACACGUACACGCGCACGGAGCGCACGGAGAUCAGCAAGACGCGGGGCGGGGAGACCACGCGGGAGGUGCGGGUGGAGGAGUCCACCCAGGUCGGCGGCGACCCCUUCCCCAACGUCUUCGGGGGCUUCCUGGCCCGCGAGGGGCUGGGCUCCUUCGGCUCCAUCGCCCGCGGCCAGGAGGGCGAGACGGCGGCGCAGGAGCUGGCGGCGCAGGUGCUGAGCCCCUCGGGGCAGCGCUUCGAGGCCGAGGUGGUGGCGGGGGGCGCGGGGGUGUACAGCGUGCGCUUCGUGCCCCAGGAGAUGGGCCCCCACACCGUCAGCGUCAAGUACCGGGGGCAGCACGUGCCCGGCAGCCCCUUCCAGUUCACCGUGGGGCCCUUGGGCGAAGGGGGGGCCCACAAGGUGCGGGCAGGGGGCACCGGCCUCCAGCGCGGCGUGGCCGGGGUGCCAGCGGAGUUCAGCAUCUGGACGCGGGAGGCGGGGGCGGGGGGGCUCUCCAUCGCCGUGGAGGGGCCCAGCAAGGCCGAGAUCGCCUUCGAGGAGCGCAAGGACGGGGCCUGCGGCGUCUCCUACGUCGUCCAGGAGCCCGGUGACUACGAGGUGUCCAUCAAGUUCAACGAGGAGCACAUCCCCGACAGCCCCUUCGUGGUGCCCGUCGCCUCCCCCUCCGAUGACGCCCGCCGCCUGACUGUCACCAGCCUCCAGGAGACGGUGACAGUGAACCAGCCGGCGUCCUUCGCCGUGCAGCUCAACGGGGCGCGCGGCGUCAUCGACGCCAAGGUGCACACGCCGGGCGGCGUGGUGGAGGAGUGCUACGUCUCCGAGCUCGACAGCGACAAGUACGCCAUCGGGUUCCUGCCGCGGGAGAACGGGGUGCACUCCAUCGACCUGCGCUUCAACGGCCGCCACGUCCCCGGCAGCCCCUUCAACAUCCGCGUGGGCGAGCAGAGCCAGGCCGGGGACCCCGGGCUCGUCACCGCCUACGGGCCCGGCCUCGAGGGGGGGCUCACAGGCGUGUGCUCCGAGUUCCUGGUGAAGACGGCCAACGCGGGGGCGGGGGCGCUGGCCGUCACCAUCGACGGCCCCUCCAAGGUGAAGCUGGACUGCGUGGAGUGCGCCGAGGGCCACCGCGUCACCUACACCCCCAUGGCCCCCGGCAACUACCUCAUCUCCAUCAAGUACGGCGGCCCCCACCACAUCGUCGGCAGCCCCUUCAAGGCCAAGGUCACCGGCCCCCGCCUGUCGGGGGGACACAGCCUGCACGAGACGUCGUCGGUGCUGGUGGAGACGGUGACGCGGGGGGGGCGGCGGCGGCGGGGGGCGCGGGGCCCCCCCGCUUUCGGGGGGCUCCCCAAGUUCUCCUCGGACGCGGGGAAGGUGGUGGCCCGGGGACCGGGACUGGCCACCGCCUUCCUGGGCCAGAAGAACCACUUCACCGUCGACUGCAGCAAGGCCGGCACCAACAUGCUGAUGGUGGGGGUGCACGGCCCCAAGACCCCCUGCGAGGAGGUUUACGUCAAGCACGUGGGCAACCGGGUCUACAACGUCACCUACACGGUGAAGGAGAAGGGGGACUAUGUCCUCAUCCUGCGCUGGGGGGACGACAACGUCCCCGGCAGCCCCUUCCGCGUCACCGUCCCCUGACACCUUCCCCCCCCCUCCCCGAAACCCCCCCCCAAAACAAGCACCCAAAACCCACCCCCACCCCCCGGCAAAGGGGGCGCGGGACCCUCAAUAAAGCACUGGGA